AGCCUUUUAGUGCUAGGUUGGUAUUAUUAGCUGUAUUGAUGAUUGAAUCGAUCUUGUCGGUGUUUCGAUCUCGUGAUCAUUCAGACGAGUAGGUCUGUGUGUGAAAAGACUUCUGUGAGUGAAUUUGUGUGAUCUAUCAUCAACUACAACUUUUUCCGAAAUUUUUUGCUCAUAAAAUGGAGGUCGACUAUGGCGUUUUCAGCCGGGAGUUGGUAUUUCAUUUUUUUUGAUGGAACAUUUUUUUUUGGCCGAUGCCCUUCCUGAAUGAAUGAGAAUAUGUAUAAGUAACUCGAAUGCGACGAGUCUCCUGCUUCGUCUAGUAAUCCGACGAGACUCUAUUUGUUCAUCUGGACGAGUCUCCUGCUUCGUCUAGUAAUCCGACGAGACUCUAUUUGUUCAUCUGAAAAGGAAAAAACAGGUCUGCGAUGUCGUUGCCCGAUAUGGUCGCGCGUGGACGAAGCAAGACCCGGAACAGAUUGUCGCACUCUUCGUGCCUAAUGGUCAGUACAAGGAGAAGCCUGGGCGUUGUAUGCAUGGUCAUGGUGGGAUACGGCAGUAUUGGCAACGACAAAUUUGCCAGAAAGAAAGGCAUAUCGAUUAAGGCUUUGGAGGUUCAAGAUGUAAUUGAGUAGAUGGACAUCGGUCAUAACUAAUGGCACGACUUUGGUAGUCACCGCCUCGGCUGUUGUCGCUGACUUUCGUAGUCACCCAUCAUCCUCGGAUGCGAGCAGCGGGUGCUUGUGGGGCUCGUUGUGAAGGAUCCAUAACCUAACCUAACCUAACCUUUGUACCUCUACUACGACCUCCGGACAUGAUAACCUAACCUAACCUUUGUGCCUCUACUACAACCUCCGGACAGGAUAUUGUCUGACUCACGACACCUCUAAAGCGAAUUUCAACAUGUUGUAGAAGACAUGGUCUUUGACCAAGAGGGGGAGCAAGCGACAGUGAAAUGGAUCGCCAGCUUUCAAAGAAGGAUGUUACGGCUUGUGAGACGAGCGCAUUGUCCCUGAUGUAAGUUAGUACUUGGUGUUGGUAUCAUCUCUCUUCGCGAUUAGCUGCUACGACGAGGAGUCAGUAUGCGAUUCAAGUAAAACUAAUGUUAUGAUAGGAAUACUAGAGUCAGUAUGCGAUUCAAGUAAAACUAUAGUGUUAAGAGUAAGUAGUUUUCUAUCUCUAUGAAGGGAUACACAUACACUUAAACUUGCAGGCGUCUAGUCGCAUCGCUAGAGCGUAUCGUGUUCACUAGCGCACUUCUCGAACACCCCACGGAAGAGGCGCAGCUUCAAGCGGCUACGGUGGAUCCGCAAGCAGUAGUGCUGACGGCUUUGAGAUGAUGUGCUUUGUCCAGGUUGCAACGUUGCGAUUCAGACGGUUGCGAGAGGAAGAUAUGCUGAGUCUGACAAACGGAGCUAACUACGACUCUAGGAAUGUUGGAGAAUAUCGAAUAUGCAUAUUGGAGGAAUAUUUGCAUUUAAGGCUCCUGCUUCAUUUUAGAGGAAGACAAAAGUAGAACGCGUCUGUCUGAUGUUGUGAGAGGAUCCAGUACAUAGGAUCAACUUGUUUCACAACAUUUGCUAGUUGUACUACUCAGCUUCUUGCAGAAGUGAUGACAGUAAGGCGAACAAGAUGAUGUUGAUAAUGCCGUGGCUGUAAGUAUAUGUGAGAUCGAGAUGCAUAGACCUACUUACUUUCAAAUCAAAAUCGAAUUUUCAUAUAGUUUUCACCCACUAGUAACUAAGUACCCAUCGCGAGUUAUAGAUACUAGUCGAUUCGAAUUAGCACGACCCUUCUAAUUCAUCCCUUCUACAACAUCCAGAGUAUCAAGGAGUUUGUGGCUCGUGACCCAUCCGAAGCAACAUUGCCGAUUCGCGUUUCAAUGACAAGAGGAAACUUCGAAAACGACGAAAGCAGAACAUCAAGCUUGAAGUUCUUAGGUGCCUCCGGAACAUCUGGUUCUGGUACAGCUGGAGGAUCUGCUUGUUCUAGUUCUACAACUUCAGCUUCAGCAGGAUCUGGAGGAGGUAGUUUUAACAGUACUUCUUCUUGGUCAGGCGGUGGAGGACGGGGUGCAUCUUCAACCUGGGGAAGUAAUUCAUCGUCUGGAGCAGCAGGGCCGACGAGCGGCUUCGCAGGAGGCACAGGCAAUGCUUCUUCUAGCAGCAGAGGCACUUCUGGCGCUUAUGGCUCGUCGUAUCCGUCUUCAUACGGUAGUGGUAGUGCUGCAAACGGCGCGGUGUCCAUUCAACAAGGCUCAUAUUCGACGAACCGGCCUCGUGGAGGUAGCAACGCUGGUUCUUCACAGGCAGGGGAAAGUGCGAGUACUGGGUCACGGCCCAUACCAGCAUGGAAACUGUAUGCGAUGGAAAAGAAGAAAAAACAGGAAGAGGCUGAUUGAUAAAGGUAGCGACUACGAGAGGGGACCAGAGACUUCUAGUUCUACCGCUAAAAACGCCUAGGAGGCCGGGUCUACUAGCAGGAAAUAGUGGCGCAUGAGAGGCGAGUCGAACCAGCACACCCAUGCCGUUGGGGUGACUCGCAUGAUGAGGAUGAUCGAUCAAAAGACUGUACAACAGAAACUUCUUAAAGAUGUUGAUACCUACAAGUGCAUGUGCGGCAUGAUCGUACUACACUGCAUGAUACAUGGUCUGGCUUGUCGGGAAGAAUUGAAAUCGCGAUGCGAGUAUCAAUUAUCUCCUAGCAGCUUAGCACAUUUGUUGUUCUAGUAUUGCGGGAAACGCACACGUAAAGGGCUAGAAGUCUCUUGCACGAAAAUUUUCCUCUGGAAUCUUGCAGCUUGCAUCUUCUGAAUGAAAAAUUAGUGCGUAUGAUCACCGGUUCUCUUUCAAUUAUUACUUGCAUACUGCAUCGGUACGGUCAAAUUAGACAACACAAGAAUUAUUGAUGAAAAAGAAAAUGUAGAAGUGCACUGGGAAUUCAUACUUGACAACAGGGAUUUGAGUUUUUGGAAGCCUAUUUUUAUAGCAUAGCGUUUCGGCUUCUUUUCGUGUAAUACUACUCAUGUAGGUGGAAGGUUGUAGACCUAGAGACACCGUAGUGCUAUGCUUGUACCAUGCCUGCUACACGAAGGCGCUUUCAAGCUAAAAUUUAACGCGUCUGGUGUGAUGAUAUAUUUAGGCUGACAGUAAAAAUUCGUCCCUGAGCCAGGAUAUCGCAUCCCUGCAGAGUUCAACAUUGUUGAC